AUGGGAAAAGAGAAGCCAGGGAUUGGUCCUGAUAGAUUGGUCCUUAAAUUUCCUUCUAAGCACCAAAAUGGGAACGAUAAUGAAAAAGGUGCUAGUGGAGAACUUGUUGGCAGGAGUUCUCCAAACAGGGACCAUUUCUAUUCUAAAAGAUUUGCCAAAUCCCCAACUGGCUUUAAGAGCAGUGAACAAUUGGGAAAAUCAAAAGUUAAUGGCGCAGAAAUGGCAAACGAAACCUUUAAUUAUCUGAGGAAAGUUGCGUCUAAUAUCUAUAUCGAGACUAAGAAACAUCGUUUUGAGAUGUUGAACAAUGGGGAUGAAAAUGCAGAUCCUAGAAAAUACGGUGAUGAUAUAUUCAUAACUGCCAAGAUGAGGUUAUCUCCUCGAGGCAUGGCUAACAACAUGAACGGGCUUGUGCAAGAAAACCAUGAAAAUCAUCCAAGUUCGUCUGGGCCAAACUUAGAGAGUCAUCUUCCCAUAGCUGGUGACAAUGCCAAUGGUUCACAGGUUCUGUGCCGCCGGAGAAGGACAUGA